UCCAGCCGGUCGUUCCACUUCUCCGCCGCUUCACAAGGCGUCCAACCCGGGAUUUGAACCGUAGUGACACCCGGAGAGGAGGAACCAUGGGUGCCGGUUCGAGCACCGAGGCUGAGCGGGCGCCGCUGCUCGCUCCCUCCGGGGCGGAGGCGAGCAGACCGCCGGUGAGCAGCGGCAGGGUGUACGGGAGAAGAUGGCUGGUUCUGAGCCUCUUCUCCCUGCUGGCUCUCCUGCAGGGGAUGGUGUGGAACUUCUGGGGACCCAUCCAGAACUCGGCCGCUCUCGCUUACGGCUUCACCAAGUCCGACAUCGCGGUGCUGGUGCUGUGGGGCCCGGUGGGCUUCAUCCCCUGGCUGCUGUUCAUGUGGUUAAUGGAUAAAAGAGGUUUGCGGGCAUCCCUCCUCCUCUCUGCGUUCCUCAUGCUGAUAGGAGCAGCUCUGCGGAGCAUCCCACUGACAGAUCUGCCUCUCAGGCGAAAGUUGAUACAUGGAGGUCAGCUUCUGAACGGUUUAGCUGGCCCGACCAUAAUGAGUGCCGGCCCCUACCUAUCGACAACGUGGUUUGCCCCCGACCAGAGAGCCACCGCGACGGCUGUGGCCUCGCUCUUCUGCUACCUUGGAAGUGCUGCUUCAUUUGUAGUAGGACCUCUGGUAGUGCCGUCGCCCAAUAACACCCAGAAAGCCCCAGCGAUGGUAGCAGCAGUUUCCGUCAGCUUCAUCCGAGACAGGAUCCAGCUUGUUAUGUAUGCAGAGUUGGUAGCAAUUGCCGUGCUCUUUGCAGCGGUCCUUGUGUAUUUCCCAUCACGCCCACCAAUGCCUCCCAGUGUGGCCGCAGCGAGCCAAAGACUCAGUUACAAAAGCAGCAUCUGCAGACUUCUCAGUAACUUUCGGUUCCUGAUGGUAGCGCUGGCCUAUGCGGUCCCCACAGGAGUGAUUGCAGGCUGGACAGGAGUCCUUGACAUGGUCCUUACUCCGGCUAAAGUCAGUCAGGUGGAUGCAGGUUGGAUUGGUUUCUGGUCGACUGUCGGCGGGUGUGUGUUCGGAGUGGCAAUGGCCAGGUUUGCAGACUCUAUCAGGGGGAUGUUGAAGCUGAUCCUGGUGCUGAUGUUAGCAGGAGCCUCACUGUCCUCGACCUGGUUCACACUCACCUGUCUGAGCAGAUACACUCACCUCCCGUCCACUGCAGCCAUCCUGUACACUUCCUGCAUCCUGGUGGGCAUUUUUAUCAACAGCAGCGUGCCAAUAUUCUUCGAGCUCUUUAUUGAGACGGUGUACCCGGUCCCUGAAGGCAUCACCUGCGGAGUGGUCACUUUCCUUGGGAACCUGGUCACUGGCCUGCUCCUCUUCUUCCUCACCUUUUACUGUACAGAUCUGUCGUGGCUCAACUGGUGUCUAACGGGCUCCUGCGUCUUCAGCCUCGUCCUCGUCCUCUGCUUCAGGGAGUCGUACGACCGCCUCUACUUGGACGUCUUCGUCUCCGUGUGACGUAACAAAAACACUUAAUAACAAGGGACUGAAUAACUUUUCUUGCACAAACAAAAGGAGAAAGGGAGGUGAAGGGAAAAUGGACACUCUUUUAUGAUUUUAGGAUGUAAAUGUACAUAUAUUUCGGUGACAGUGGUGAUGGAUCGCUGUUGCGCGGCUACUGAGAAGAACCACAAAGCGAUUCCACAUCAGUGUUUCCUCUGUAUAUGUGUUCAAUUUAAUGCCAUGUGACUGUCUUAACCUGUUAUUACCUGUUUUUAUAUGUCAGUCUAUGUUUUAAUGUAAACAAUUUUUUAUUUGUAAACGGCAUGCCAGACUGUUUACAGAUACUAUAAUAUUUAAAGUUGCUCUCAGUGUCGCUGGCUGCUCCGUUCGCCAUCCUCCCUGAUUGUCUUUAAAGUAAACUGGACACUGUCUCAAAGCUCACGCGCCGGACGCCACUGACUCCAGAUCAGCGCCAGGUGUCGUGAGAGAACUUCAUCAGCCAAUCAGCAGGCCUGGCUGUGCUGGGUGGAGAUAAACGUAGGACCUCCUGCUGCUACAGACUGACCCGAUGCUUCUCAGCAUAAUGUGACGCUUCCUGUCAUUGAGAGGCGGGUACUUAUGUUCUCAUCCCCUUCUCAAGACAAAUAUGCAAAACUGUGUCGAGAUCGAUGAUUGGAUGACAAGCCGCCACUGUUUUCUUACCAAUGAAUUGUACACGUGGAAAUCAUCGGAACUGUUACAUCACGUUUCAGAUUGCCUGCGGCAAAUUUAAUGUCAAUUGUGUCCAUUUCUGGGAGAAUUGCUUUUUAAUCAAAAGGAAUAAUGUUAAUUUGUUUUCUAAACUUUGUAAUGAUUUGUUCUCCUCAGCAGUCUGCCAGUAUUUAUUGGAAACGUCUCAACACUAACACCAUUAACACUCAGCUGCGUAGAAAAUGGUUCUGAAAUUGACACGGAUGCGACACGCUGAGGGAGAUUGUUUAUUAUUACAGUCAUGAGGAUUAAAUCAUAUUGUUUUGUAAUUGCCAAGCUGCUCCUCCUCCAAAGCACCAGCAGGUGUCUCUGCGCCAACUGAGAGUUCACUGGAGAAAAAAAAAAACCCUUUGGUAAAAAAAAGAAAAGGAAGUUCCCAUUUUCAUGGAUUCCUUGACUGAUACAACUGGGGCUGUGACAGAAAGCUCUGGGUCGAGAGGGAAAUAACCACAAAGAAACACAUGAAGACAAAUGGAAAACAUCUGUCACUCGCAGUCAAACUUUCUCUCCGACUCGCCCAUGACUUCUCUUUGUGUCUCUGUCUUGCACAGCAGCUAGAAGACGUGUUUUAAUGUGAUCUCCUGUGGGUUACGAGGAAGCUCUGUAACGUCUUUCCUGGUGCUUGGUGUAUUUUUUCAUUUUGUACUCUCACUGUACAGAAAAAGGUUUUGUCUUUUUACCUCUUUGACGUGUUGCCUUAAUUGCCCAGUGCAGUGUGUUUUGUCUCCCUCUCCUCCACACUGUGACUAUAAUGUCUGUAUAUAGAGCUAAAGGUCAUGUUCUUCUGUUCACUCUGCUGUUUCCUGGGAUCUUGGUUUUAAAUGUCCUUGUUCUGUGGAAAGGAAAUGAACAAAUGUGACUAAAAUAUUUCCAGCACCUUAUUAAAAUGAACAUUUUAAGAAUAAUA